GCGGGUAGCAAGUACGGUGUUGUAAGUGUAUAUGCAGUCUUGAGAAGCUUGAACGAUGGCUGACCCUCCUUUAUCAUAGGCCAAGAAUGCCAACCUGAUCGGGGUGAAAGUUCUUGGCGCUGAUGGCAGCGGCAGCAACUCUGGUGUUCUGCGAGGAAUCCAAUGGGCAGUCGACAACGCCAAACAGGAGGGACACAUUGAUCGCGCAGUCCUCAGUAUGUCUCUCGGUGGCCCAUUCUCUCGAACCACCAACGAUGCAAUUGCCUCUGCCGUCGAAGAAGGGGCUUUCAUCGCCGUAGCCGCCGGUAACGAGGGCGAAGACGCCAGUCACUCAUCCCCAGCAUCUGCACCUCAGGUACGUAAUCCCAAUCCCCAACCCACCAUCAAAAUCCUAACCAACUCCACCCCCCAGGCCUGCACCGUCGGCGCCACAACGCGCUCAGACUCCAUAGCCAGCUUCUCCAAUUUCGGCCCUCUGCUCGACAUCUUCGCACCCGGCCAAAACAUCACGAGCGCUUGGAUCGGGUCCAGAACUUCUGUGAACACCAUCUCGGGUACCAGUAUGGCGACGCCUCACAUCGCGGGUCUCGCGGCUUAUCUUCUUGCGCUGGAAGGUCCGCGUUCGCCUGCGCAGCUUUGUGAGAGGAUUCGAGAGCUUGCUACGAAGGAUGUUAUUGGGAAUUUGGAUGGUGGGGAUGGGAGUCCGAAUUUGAUUGCGUAUAAUGGGAAUGGGGCGUAGGUUUGGGGGGUGGAAUGGAGGGAGGGAAGGGAAGGGGGAAAGCGGGAGGGGAUUUUGGGUAGGAAGGGUUUGUUGGUCGGUG